AUGCUGCACUUCCUCCUCACCUUGCUCAUACAGCCCACGUUCUCCUAUCUGAUCACACUUGCGGAUCGGCAGGCUAUCCUUUCACCCGUCCAAACAACGCUUGCAGCCUUUCCGACCCUGCCCACUGGACUGGACCUCCUGCAGACGUCCACCGAGGAGAUAGGCACAUUCUUGAAAAAUGGCAGUCUCUCCUCGGUCGAUCUGGUCAAAGCUUAUCUGUUCAAUAUCGAGAAGAACAACCACCAAGGCCUGAACCUUCGCGCCGUUAUUCAGGCUGCUCCAUUAAGGGGAGAUGUCAUCAACAUCGCCGCUCGCUUGGAUGAAGAGCGCCAGGCGGGGACAGUAAGGAGUCCACUCCACGGUAUUCCCAUUUUGGUCAAGGACAAUAUAGCUACCGAGCCGGAGUUGGGCAUGAACACUUCUGCGGGGAAUUUUGCAUUCAAGGAGUCUGUGGUCAAGGAAGAUGCUGAGGUGAUCAGGAAGCUUCGCGAUGCCGGAGCCAUCAUCAUCGCCAAAACCAAUCUGAACGAGUUCGCCGGCUGGAAGGGCAUCCUCGAGUUCUGGGAUGAGGGGAUCCCAAAUGGCUGGUCCGCUGUCGGUGGGCAGACCUCGUCAGCAUACGUCGAAGGCGGAUUUGCAGCGGGUGGGGACCCGCUUGGGAGCUCGUCGGGCAGUGCGGUGGGGGUCAGCGCUGGCUUCGGGGCCGCCGCGCUGGGGACCGAUACCGGAGGCUCAGUGAUCUCGCCGGCUAGCCGAGCAGCUCUUUACGCUAUGAGACCAACAACAGGUCUCGUUUCCGUCACAGGGGUAGUCCCGAUAAGUAAGGACCUCGACACCGUUGGUCCGAUGGGCUUCACCACACGAGGUAUUGCGAUACUGCUAGACGCGCUGACAUUCUCGGACGGCAGACUCCCCCUUCUCGCUGCGAGCCCGGAAGUCGAGAAGACGCUCAAGGCUACUGCGGAGACCCUAGCGGAGAAAGCGGGCGCCGAGGUCAUCGACGUCAACAUGGACCUGAGCACGGGCGAUCUGGACGACAUUGACACGGCAAUUAUGACCAUCAUGGAGACUUCGGCCAGAGAGGAUAUGGAGGAGUACAUGGGGCGUCUCGAGAAAAGCCCUGUACGGACCUUGAGGGAACUAAUCGAGUGGAACGAGGCACAUGCAGAGCUUGAGCUGCCUCCCGGCACCUGCUGCCAGCAACGUUUGCUCGACUCACUUCUGUCUCCUGGACGGGACUCGACUAGAUAUGCCGAAGCCUGGGAGACGGUGCAGCGACUUGGCCGAGACAGGGGGCUGGGACACUUAUUCGACCGGCACAAUUUGGACGCUUUGGUCUUCAGCCCAGAUCUCGGGUUUGUGACGGCUAUGACAGCUGCGCUGGGAUAUGUAGAGGGUACGGCACCAAUGGGGUAUUGCGAAAAUGGCGCACCAUUCGGCAUCCUUUUCAUUACCAAACCAGGCGAGGAGAAGAAGCUGUUGGGUAUCCUUGCCGGGUACGAAGAGAUCAUGCCGAAGCGAAAGAUACCAGGACCGGUGGCGCGGGUGGCGAAGUAG